UUUAGGUUAAGUAAUUAUUGAUUUGCCUCCCCCCUCAAAAUUGAUUUUUUCCAAUGACUCGCCUGUUUUCUCAAUAACUCCUUCAAAACCAUAUUUAUCUAACGAUUAACACCAUCUCCUAAGCCUAUUCGUGUCUCCAAACCAUUUUACGCUCCCCCACAAUCAUAGUAUUAAGUAAAAACUUACAUUUGAGUCACACCAACUAUAUUGACCACUUCUUCAAGUUUUCCAUCUAAAAGUGAUUAAAAUGGGUUUAAUUUAUCGUGUUUACGCCUUGAUUUGCACAAUAAUCGAUCAUUUAAUCUAUUGCGGAUUUGGAUUAUACUUUAAUUCAAAAAGAAAGUAUAUACCGAGUGUAAGCAAUAAAAUUUUAUUGGAAAGUGCCACAUCAUUAGCUUUGAAAAUAAGAAAUAAAGAAAUUAAAUCGUUUUACGUCGUAGAAUCGUUUAUAAAUCGAAUUAAAGAGGUUAAUCCAAUCUUAAACGCGGUUGUAGAUGAGCGAUUUAAUGAAGCUUUGAAGGAAGCGAAAAGAAUCGAUGAGAAUAUAGCUAAUGGGGCCAUUUCCCAAGAAGAAUUUAAUAAAAAACCUUUUUUGGGGGUCCCUUUUACGACAAAAGAAACGACUGCUUGUGAAGGAUUGAGUUGGAGCUUUGGAAUUAUUUGCCGGAGACAUAUUAAAUCAACUUUUGAUGCAACAAUUAUAGAAUUGAUUAAAAAUUCCGGUGGGAUUCUAUUGGCAGUUACAAAUGUGCCCCAAUUAAAUUUAUGGACCGAAACUUACAAUCCCAUUUACGGAGUUACAAAUAACCCGUAUAACACAACCAAAAACGUCGGUGGUUCCUCUGGAGGUGAAGCGAGCUUAAUCGCAGCUUGUGGAUCACCUUUCGGGUUAGGAACGGAUAUCGCGGGGUCAAUUAGAAUCCCGUGUUUUAGAUGUGGCAUUUUUGGGCAUAAAACUUCCUCAGAUAUCAUCACAACGAAAGGAUUAACGUUUCGGGAAGGAACGGAAGGUCCCACAAUGGUUGUAUCUGGCCCAAUGACGAAACACGCGCAAGAUUUACUUCCUUUAUUAAAAGUUUUAGUUGGAAAAAGCGAUAAACUCUCGUUAGACGUUAAGGUUGAGAUGAAAAAAAUUAAAAUUUUUUAUAUUAGUGAAAUCGAAAGUUUUCUUUCGAGCCCAAUCGGCCUCGAAAUUAAAUAUGCUAUUAAAAGGUGUGUGCAACAUUUUGAGGAAAUUUGUGAAAAGAAACCGGAAGAGAUCGAGUUAAAAAAUUUAGAAUGUGGCUUUAAAUUGUGGUCGUAUAUGAUGACGAAAGAAAAAUCUGACUUUAAAUCGGAUAUAAUGAACCGUAAAGACGAAGCGUUUUGGUUAGGCGAACUUUUCAAAUACUUUUUGGGCAAAUCGAAAUUUAAUUUUUACACGAUUAUGAAUUUAAUCAACGGGAAAUUACCAAAACCUAAACCAGAAUGGGGCGAAAAAGUUUUAAACGAUUUAAAACAAAAUCUUAUCGCUCUAUUAGGGACUAAUAGCGUCCUUUUAUUUCCUUCGGAAGCCUUUGCUGCGAAUUAUCAUUACACUUCAACAUUGAGGCCGUACAACAUAACCCAUUAUGCUCUUUGGAGCGCGUUGAAAUUCCCUGUGACUCAAGUACCAUUAGGAUUAAACGCGGAAGGGAUGCCAAUUGGGGUUCAAGUUGUUGGGGCACCAUAUCAAGAUCAUUUAACGAUUGCGGUUGCUGUCGAAUUAGAAAAAGUUUUUGGAGGUUAUGUGGCGCCAUUUCAAAUAAAUUAAAUUGUUUUUAUUACU